AUGGUGAUGGUCCCAGCGAUUAGCUCGAGCGAUAUGCGUGCGGAGCUUCGGGAUUGGGACUUGUGGGGUCCAUUCUUUAUAUGCAUGUCUCUCGCUGUCAUGCUUAGUCUGAAAGCUCACGAUGACGCCUCCGUCGUCUUUUCCGUAAUAUUUAUCAUCGUUUGGGUGGGUGCUGCUGUCAUCACUAUCAACGGCCAACUCCUCGGCGGAAAACUGUACGUUUGUAUUGAACGUCCUCGUGGUACAUACUUUUGGCGUACCCUGGAAAGGUUCUAA